AGAGAAGCAGGAAGGAGGAGCUGCGCGAGAGAAGCGAUACCGUUCCGAAGCGAGGGAGCUGCAGUACUGCGGUCUGUCAUCGGGUCUGUCUUUUACACUUCAUUAAAGAGGUUAUAUCGCGGUCGCUCGGUAUAAUUACCAAAUUCAGCUUUACGAAACCCCAUCAAGAACGAAGCAGCAUACUUUCUUUAUGGAUCUGAGGUGAAGCCGACGAUAUCAAAACUCAGAUACACAUUUGUCAACAUCCCGGUUGGAGACGAAGAAAGAUUUUUCACUACUGAAAAGAAGUGUGAAGUUCGAGAGGGGAUUGUGACAAGAUUGUAUUGGGUGUCUCCAGCCAUGAAAUCCAGAAUCCAGUGAAGGAGGCCCUGCUGAUCUGUACUGAUGGCAGAUAUUCUCCCCACCAGUUUACUGGAAGCCUGUGUGGUAAUUGGAGCUUCAAAUGAAAAGCUGAAGGAAGUUCUCCAGGUACAUCAGCAUGGAAGGAGUGGUGACUUCCCACUCCUAGACCCAGAGGUUUUGCAAGUUCAUGUCCCUCCCUUUGUGACCAAAGAGGAUCUGGUGUCAGGAUCCCAGACUCUCAGUAACUUCAACAGGACCCAGAGGCGACGCUCCUUCAUCAAGAAGAAGAGAGAAAAGCCUGUUGCAGCAUUGGAGAGCAACAACGGGAACAAUGAUCCUGUCACAGAAGACAUCAGCGUCCCAAAAGACAUUGACCUGAUUGGGUUACCUCAGCUUUGCUUUCCGGGGGGCCUGCAGGUAGCGAAUGAAUCUAAAGCAGACCAUUUCCAUUUCCUGGUUUUCACAGAUGUCUUUGGGAACAGGACAUAUGGCGUUGUGGUUCAGCACUACAGGCCAGUGCAGUUCCCCCACGAUGGAAAUCACUACCAGAAUGGACAGGUGCACUGGACUUCUGCCAAGGCUCCAAGACUGUACGCUGCCGUUGGCAUAUGUGUCAUAUCUAAAUAUGCUUACUACAAUGCCCUGAAGGACUGUCUUUCCUGUUUGCUCCUUCAGCUCAAGUCCUGCAGAGGCAAUGAUUUUGAAGACAAAGUGAAAGAAUUUGCUGCAAAAUUGGCUUUGGUACCAAGCCCACCUCCUGGGCAGCUACAUCUGAUGUUCAACAUGAAGCCGCUGCAGAUAGUGCUUCCGUCAAGAGAAGAUCUUGAUAGCCCGGUUGUUGAUUUGGAUCUGCAUCUUCCGUUCUUGUGUUUCAAACCCAAGCAGGUUCUGCAGAUAAUAACGUGCAUUCUAACAGAGCAGAGAAUUGUCUUGUUGUCUUCUGACUGGGCUUUGCUCACGCUGAUUGCAGAGAGCCUUGUAUUGUUUAUUCAUCCACUUCAGUGGCAACACACCUUCGUGCCGAUUCUGUCCAGACUGAUGCUGGAUUUUGUAAUGGCUCCUACGUCGUUUCUCAUGGGGUGCCAUGUUAAUCAUUUUGAUGAAGUUGCUGCGGAGACGGAUGACCUGAUUUUGAUAAAUAUUGAUAAUGGAUCAAUAUCAUCCUCCUCUUCCCGGGAGCUCGAUAUUCCUGAUGUCCCUUUAGGUGCUGCCGAAUGUUUCAUGAGCAGGCUUAAAGGUGUUCAAAUGUACUACGACUUGAAGCUCUCUCACCUGGGCUCCAGUACAGAGCUGAAUGAUUUACGAAUGCAAAGGAGGCAGUGGCAGCAAAGGCUGAACUGGCAAAUACAGCAGGUUACCUUGGAGUUAAUUGUCAAUAUCUUCAGGGAAGUCAACGAUCAUCUCAAUUAUGAACAUAGAGUUUUUAACAGUGAAGAAUUUCAGAAAACCAGAGAACCAGCAGAUCAACCUUUUUACAAGAUGGUGCUGGAGACGCACAUAUUUCAUUCGUUUCUUAAGGCGCGGUUGAACAGAAAGAUGGACGCCUUCACUAGAAUGGAGUUAAGUACUCGAUCUGAAGCACACAGGAUGAAACUUAUGCUUGAAUCCCCGCGAAGACCCACCAUGCAAGAGAUGGCUCGGAAAUGCAGCAGCCCGGAGAAUCGCUGCUUCAAGGGAAUAAGUAUGCCUGAUCUUGCAGACCAGAGAAUUCACGACUUUCCAGUCAGGAAGAGUUCACUGAAGAAACUGGAGUCAGAGACUGCACUGAAGAUCCCACUGAAACCUAUCAAAACCUGUAAACUUCCAGACUUUCCUUCACCCUUAGUUUACCAUCAUGUCCAGUGCUAUUACACAGAGUGCAUUGUUCUGCUGAGCAAGGCUGUCUCCUCUGUUCCACCCGAGAGCUCAGCACUGCUCGCCAGGUACUACUACCUUCGAGGACUCAUGAACAUGAUGCUUGGGAAACGCUUGGAUGCUCUGUCUGACUUCCAGAAUCUCUACAAGACUGACAUAGGAAUCUUUCCAGCUGACCUGGUGAAGAAGCUGGUGGAUUCUCUGGCCCAGGAAGAGUGGCUUCAGGCAGAGAAACGGUCAGAGCUGAAACGCUUAAUAAGUAAAGUGAAAAAAGACAAUGAAACGGGCUUGGUGAAAUCUGACGAUCGUGUCACAAACUUUGCGCUCCCGAAAAAACACAUGCAGCUGGACGAUUUUGUGAAACGAAUUCAGGAAUCUGGGAUUGUGAAGGAUAUUGGUACUAUUCAUAGAUUGUUUGACGCUCUUACUGUAGAAUCAUUUAAGAGUGGCUUUGGUGGGCAAGGUCUGGAUACAGCAAUGAGGGUGGCACCUUCGCAAUCUGUAUUUUACGUUGAUUCUCAUCUGGAUGGUCAACAGAAACAGAUUGACCCUGAGACAUUUAAAAUGUUCUACACGUUCUGGAAGGAGACCGAAGCAGAGGCGCAGGAUGUCCAUCUUCCUGCUGAAGUAAUCGAGCACCUGGACAAGAACGAGAGCGUCUACAAGCUGUCCCGUUCUGUGAAGACCAACCACGGGGUGGGCAAGAUAGCAAUGACCCAGAGGAGACUCUUCCUACUCACAGAGGGGAGGCCCGGAUACAUUGAGAUCACAGCAUUCCGAGACAUAGAGGAAGUUAAAAUUUCCUCUGCCGCGUUCCUGUUACUACGAAUACCUUCCCUUAAGAUAAAAACAACUCUAAGAAAGGAGAUGUUUGAGGCCAAUCUGAAAUCAGAGUGUGAUCUUUGGCAUCUGAUGGUGAAAGAAAUGUGGGCCGGGAAGAAAAUGUCAGAUGAUCACAAGGAUCCUCAGUAUAUGCAACAAGCUUUAACAAAUGUUCUGCUUAUGGAUGCUGUGGUGGGUUGUCUGCAGUCACAGAAGGCCAUCUAUGCUGCCACUAAACUGGCAUUUUUUGACAAAAUGAAGUAUGAAGUUCCAAUGAUGGUUUCUAAAACGACAUCUGAAACGCUGAAGCGCAAGAUUAACCCAUCUGCUGGCCAGACGGCUCCACAGGCAGUGGAUGUCUUGCUCUACACACCAGGUCACUUGAACCUAUCUGAAGUAGAUGAGGAUGCCAACCCAAAGCUGUGGUGUGCUCUGAGUGAUGGCAAAGUGGUGGUGUUUGAUGCAACAAGCUGGUCUAUGAGGCAGAAUUGCAUUCAAGUGGGAACUUCAAAACUGAAUUGUAUGUUGGGACUGGAGCAAAAUCAAGUUUGGAUUGGUUCCCAGGAUUGCACCAUUUACAUUAUAAACACUCUGAGCAUGUCGUGUAACAAACAGCUCACAGAUCACCGCAGUGAAGUCACCGACAUGGUCAUCGAGGACAGCAAUGACAAGUUCAGUCAGACACAGGCAUACUCCUGCAGUGCGGAUGGAACUAUAAUUACCUGGGAUGUCUUCACACUUAAAGUGAAGAAUCAGUUCCAUGUGGAAUGUCAAAGGCUCACUUCUAUCAAAAUAUUCCGUGGCACAUUGUGGUGUUGUGCUGGGGAGUGUAUCAUGGAACUGAGGAAGAAUGGAAUUCCGUACCGCAGGAUGCUGCUUCCUGACCAGCCUGGAGACAUUGCUGCUGCUGGGUUCAGCUGUUUUCAACUUUUUAUUGACCGUGAGCAGCUGUGGACGGCUUCUGCUGAACGUGGUGAGCUUUGUAUCUGGCAUGCUAAAGACUUGUCCAAACCUUUUCACAAAAUCCAACUGCAGGACUGCACAGGGGUCAGCUGCAUGAUAAAAGUCAAGAACCAGAUCUGGGUUGGCAGCAGGGGUAUCUCGCAGGGUAAAUCGAGAGGAAAGAUCUAUGUGGUGGACAUUGAGAAGCACAGUGUGGAGAAGGAGCUGGUGGCCCACUCAGACGCUGUGCAGGCCCUGUGCUCUGUGGAGGACAGAUAUGUGCUGAGUGGCUCCUCUUGUGAAGAUGGUAAAGUGGCUAUCUGGAAGGUGGAAUGAAGAUGCUUUGCAACCUGAAUCGAUCCAACAGUACAGCAACUGAACCCCCCACCCUCCCGGUGACACACACAUUAAAAUGUUACAACUUAACUUUAUAUUUGAACAGUUUUUUCUGGAUUUAAUGUAAAUUGCAUAUUUUUUCCUAGAUUUAACCAGAAAAAGUCCAGAUUUAGCUAAAUACAUAAUUUAGUAAAAUCUAGGAAAAAAUACAUGAUUUACAUUAAAUCCGGGAUAAAAACACCUGUUAAAAUGUUAGUGCUUUUUUUUUUUUUU